CCCGCCCCUCCUUGCUGGCCCCGGGGCGGCGCCGCCUGCGGACCUGUCCCCUCUACCGCCGGCCGCCAGCGGCAGGAGCCGCACAGCCUCUGCUAGACCUGCGGUGCGCAGCGACAUGGCGGACGGCCACCGCCUCCUGCUGGAGAACGCGCGGCAAGUGGUGCUGGUGUGCGCCCGCGGCGAGCGCUUCCUGGCGCGGGACGCGCUGCGCAGCCUGGCGGUGCUGGAGGGCGCCAGCCUGGUGGUGGGCACAGAUGGGUUCAUAAAAGCCAUCGGUCCUGCUGAUGCUAUCCAAAAACAGUUUUCAGAAGAAACAUUUCAAGAAAGAAUUGACUGUUCUGGGAAAUGCAUCUUGCCAGGUUUAGUGGAUGCACACACACAUCCAGUAUGGGCUGGUGAAAGAGUUCAUGAGUUUGCGAUGAAGUUGGCAGGAGCCACAUACAUGGAUAUCCACCAGGCUGGAGGAGGGAUCAACUUCACGGUGGAGCGCACGCGCCAGGCCUCAGAGGAGGAGCUGUUCAGUUCCUUCCAGCAGCGGCUUGGGUGCAUGAUGAGGGCGGGGACAACGCUGGUGGAGUGCAAGAGCGGAUACGGCCUCAGCCUGGAGACGGAGCUCAAGAUGCUACGCGUGAUUGAGCGCGCCCGGCGGGAGCUGGACAUCAGCAUCUCAGCCACUUACUGCGGGGCUCACUCGGUGCCAAAAGGAAAAACUGCUACUGAAGCCGCUGAUGACAUCAUCAAUAACCACCUCCCAAAGUUGAAGGAACUUGGCAGAAAUGGGGAAAUACACGUUGACAAUAUAGAUGUGUUCUGUGAGAAGGGCGUCUUUGAUCUCGAUUCCACCAGAAGGAUUCUUCAAAGUGGGAAAGAUAUAGGGUUACAGAUUAACUUCCAUGGGGAUGAACUCCACCCAAUGAAGGCUGCUGAGCUCGGGGUGGAACUGGGAGCCCAGGCAAUCAGUCACCUGGAAGAAGUGAGUGAUGAAGGCAUUGCUGCCAUGGCAGCGGCCAGGUGCUCUGCUGUCCUCCUGCCCACCACGGCCUACAUGCUGAGACUGAAGCAACCUCGAGCCAGGAAAAUGUUAGAUGAAGGGGUAAUAGUCGCUCUGGGUAGCGAUUUCAACCCUAAUGCGUAUUGUUUUUCAAUGCCGAUGGUCAUGCAUCUGGCCUGUGUGAACAUGAGAAUGUCCAUGCCCGAGGCCUUGGCCGCUGCCACCAUCAAUGCCGCUUAUGCCCUGGGAAAAUCUCACACUCAUGGAUCUUUGGAAGUAGGCAAACGGGGAGAUCUCAUUAUCAUCAAUUCAUCCAGAUGGGAGCAUUUGAUUUACCAGUUUGGAGGCCAUCACGAAUUAAUUGAUUAUGUUAUAGCUAAAGGAAAAGUCAUCUAUAAAAAAUGAUUGAUCUGUAAGGAAAGAGCACACUGUUCUACUGUUUAAGUCAAUACAGUUAUAUUAAAAGUUAAAAUACUUUAGUAGUUUACCAGAAUGAUGUCACUUAAAUCUAUUUCUGUAUUUUGUUUAUCCACUUGAAAAACCCAGGGGAUUCACUUAUUUUAACAUGUGCACCUGGACGUAUAAGCAAGUAAACCAUUGGUGAUGAUAAUCUCAACGGAUUAAAUUACUUCACAAAGAUUUUCUAUAAAUAUUCUGCAGAUUAAUAUGAUGGAGUAUCACAGAAAUGCCUUUGUGGGGAAAUGCAGAUUGGCAAAUAGGUAGACAUGGCUUAAAAUUCCAAUUGUGCUUCUACUUUUCAAAUUUCAAUUCUUAAACUAUAUUUACUGAAAAUUGCGGGGGGGAGUGGGAAAUCCAAGUCAAAUGCCACAAACUAAGCUAAAAUGUAGCCAUCUGUAAUAAGCAAAUAGUUUUUCUUUUCCCCACACAGUGUGUCUUUCUAGAUGCUCUUCGAAUGCAUUAGGGUCCUCUGAGGGAGGGUGUUCUUCUGUUUUCUUCUCAACCCUUGCAAUAGAGCUUCACAGCAGAGCUCAGGACUUGUCAUUUUGUACACAAGUAUAGGGACCUUCUUGUAAUGGAUGCAUUUUGACCAAAUCCAAUAAUGUAAUUUUUUAAAAAGUUUUAAAGUUUUUGAUUCUUCACAUUACAAAUGUAUAAAAAAAUCUAUAGCUUUCAAUAAAUGUUUGCUGUCACUAUUAUUGUUGUUGUUUACAGCCCUGGAAGCCAGUCAGUGGUGUCUAUUAGAACCUUUUAGGAAAUGAACAAAUUACAGAAGAAAGUGGAUUACAUAAAGAAAAAGUGGAUGAUUAUAUAAACGAGUGUUUCUAAAGCCAUGUGUUUACUUGAAAUGUUUUCAAACGCUUUGAUCAUUCUUACAAUCACAACUGCAUGAUAAAACUUUGUCCUAUUUAUGAAGAAAUGACUAGAGAAGUAAAUAUUAAGUACCCAAAUGAUCACCUAUGUCAAGUUAAUAGAGCCUGAACCAAUGAGGCUUUACUGUAUUCAACACAGAUCAACUCAAGAUACCCCUUGUCAGAAGGUUAAGGGUAACAGUGCACAUCGCUAUCACGGGCUAGUAGCAUGGGGUACCUGGAGCUCUGCCCCUCACAUGCUUGGCGAAGAAGCCGUGAGGGGGUUUGGGAAGCACGAGUUGCUGUGGGAGACGCCUCCCCUAUGACCAGUUUCCUAGUCGAUGGUGGGAGUUUGGGAUGCAGGAGAUACAUAUAAAGGCCAAAACUAAAGAUUAGGUCUGUCCUGGAACUCAAGCCACGUAGAAGUAUAUCCUUAUAACUACGGAAUAAAAAGGUGAAGCACUUCCUAUUUUCUUUCUAGGAGAUAUUCACUCUACGCAAGGAGUGUUCAUGUCUUUUUUGAAUGAAAGCAGAAGAUACCCACCUGGAACUGCUUUAGUCCUCCCAGGCCAGUGUCCUGUAAGCUCUUGCAACUCAUAGGAGCUGGCUGGAAAUGCAGAACUUCAGUUCUAUUCCAGACCUGCUGAAACAGAACCCGGUCUCGACAAGCCCACAGGUAUUUGUAUGCCCGUUCAAGUCUGAGAAGGGCUGUGGUCUAGACCCUAGCCACAUGGGCUUUCACACUGUGCCUCAAAAUCGCCAUUUGUUUUUGCUGCUCCAGGCCUUGCAGCACUGUUCCCUCUGCCUGGAGUGCUUGCCCUCUCUUCUCUAAGUGGGAAGUCAGAGCUAGCCACUGCCCCCCACACCAAGCUCCCAUCCCUCUAUGAUAGCCUCUAUAGCAUUGCAGUCAAACUGUCUUUCCCUUUAGAUUGUGUGUUAGUAGAGGGCAGGGGCCUGGUCAUGUCCCCAGGAUCUAGUGUAGUGACUGGUUCAUAGUAGGCGAUCAGUGAAUGAAUUAAUGAAUGGCUGCACAAGCAUACAGACGGUCCUAGGGAAAACUGCUUAUUAAAACACACUCAGCAGGCCAACCCAGGAAUGCAGUGUUAAGGAAAAUACUUGUUAUGUAUAUUGGAAAAAGCAUAUGAAUUCCGGAAUAUAAUGGAUGAUGCUUACGGGGGAGUAAAGUGGAAAAGUGAAACCCAACGAGAAACAAUUCCAUGGCUGGGUGGAAAAUGGCAUGGCCAUCCUCAACUUGAGAGAUUGGAAAGAUUUUGAUGUGAGGGAAAGGCUCCGGAGAUGGAGCAUCAUGGGGUGUU